AUGCUUUCAGAUUACAUCAGGUGCCUCCAGGUUUCUGUUGGGGUUGUCAUGACCGUCACUCUUGGAGUGACUGCUUUUUUCUUCUUCUUUUUACGAAUUUCACUUACAAGAUUCUUAGUAGCCAAAAAUGGUCUUUCUUUUUUCUUGUAUCAUUUUCCAUAUUUCUUGGUUACUGAGACUGUAACCUAUCUAUCUAUCUAUCUAUCUAUCUAUCUAUAUAUAUAUAUAUGUACGUAUCUGUUCAUAUCUACUACAUAUCCAACACUCUUUUCUUUAUUUUUAUUGCUGGUAAUAUUUUUUAUCUAUCUAUCUGUCUGUCUAUCUAUCUAUCUAUCUAUCUAUCUAUCUAUCUAUCUAUCUCAAUGUAUAUUGAUUUUUAUUGCUGGUAAUAUCUAUCUAUCUAUCUAUCUAUCUAUCUAUCUAUCUAUCUCAAUUUUUAUUGCUGGUAAUCUAUCUAUCUAUCUAUCUAUCUAUCUAUCUAUCUAUCUAUCAAUUUUUAUUGCUGGUAAUCUAUCUAUCUAUCUAUCUAUCUAUCUAUCUAUCUAUCUAUCUAUCUAUCUAUCUAUCUCAGUAUAUAUUGCUGAAGAAGUAUUUCCUUCUCUGUCUGUCUCUCUGUCUAUCUCUCCUUCUCUCUCUCUCUCUCUCACUCUCUCUCUCUCUCUUACACACACAAUCCCUCGAGGCUAUCUAUCUAUCUAUCUAUCUAUCUAUCUAUCUAUCUAUCUAUCUAUCUAUGCUUGCUCAUAUCUAUCUAUCUAUUUAUCUAUCUAUUUCAAUCUGAUCCUUCCUUCCUAUCUAUCUAUCUAUCUAUCUAUCUAUCUAUCUAUUUCAGUCUGUUUCUAUCUAUCUAUCUAUCUAUCUAUCUAUCUAUCUAUCUAUCUAUCUAUCUAUCUAAGCUUGCUCCUAUCUAUCUAUCUAUCUAUCUAUCUAUCUAUCUAUCUAUCUAUCUCAAAUCGGAUGUAUUGCUGUUGCUAUGGUAAUGCCCUUCGACCUUGUCUGUCGCAAGCUGUCGGCUAUUUUUUCUCUCGUGUGACUGUUUAUCAACCCCGUCUUGUCCGUCAACCCAAACGAACUCUUCGAGCUCGCACCUUCCCUCAAAUACCGACCCCCUCCUUGUUGUCAAAAACCCUGCGGAAAUCAUCUUGUCUCUUUUCUCAUUGUCUCGCUUUGCCACUCACUCGAAUUCUAGCCUUGAAUUCUUGUUACUCUCAUUUGCCAACUCUCUCUCUCUCUCUCUGUCAAUCUCUCUCUGUCUCUAUCUCUCUCUCUCUUUUAAGCUUGUCUUUCAACUUUUUUUUCCUUCUCAUUUUCACCUCUCUUUCGAGUUCCCUGUUCUGUGUAAAAUUCAGUCAAUGUCUAUAUCUUUCAUUUCUCUCUCUCUCUCUUUUUCUCUGUCUGUCAGUCUGUCUGUCUGUCUCUCUCUCUCCAUUUCUCUCCAUCUAG